AUGGGCGGUGGUCACAACAGCCUCAAAGUAGGAUUGCAUGACCCAGCCAUUGAGAAAUGGUAUCAGAUGCGAGAAGACAUCUAUAAGGGAUUUCGAUUCACGCCGUAUGCAACUCGACGGGUGUUGCUCUGGGGUGUCGCAGUACCCGCAUUAACCUUUUACAUUGUCUAUGACAAUGCAGAGUGCUCUCAACCUCGUCCGGGUCCACUGCAGCGAACAUUGACACUCGCUUCAGAACUUGUAUCAACAACCACAGAACCUGUCCAGGCGAACGCCCAAGCUACUCAUUCGACCUCACCAGCCUUAAACAAGACUGCGCUCAUUGGAAUCAUAGUAGGAGGAUCCUGUUUUGUUAUAUUGGUCUUCCUGGCUAUCCUGUGUCUCAUCUGGCGCAGACGGAGGCGACGAAGAACUGGCAAAGUCGAACGAGAAUAUGCAUCUUCCGAGGAGGGGGUUCAAGCGCCUCCGACGCGACCAUCACAUUCGCGAGGUCCCUCACGCGAGCAAGUACAACAACGCUCUGCGGAUAAUGGCCCAGUUUAUGAGGCAGUCCAUUACGAGCCUCAGGAGUCGGUACUCCCUAUUCCGUUGGUCCAUGAAAAAGAUGCAGCGUCUGGAACCACGACCCCAAACGUCCGUAAUAGCGCCACUUUGGAGAGCGAACACAUGGAGGAUGUCAAAGAAAGCACCCCCCUAGACCCCUUUGCCUCUGGUUACAUCCCGCCACCGUCUCCCACGCCUUCCGAGUAUGUCAUCGUAGAGCAUUCCGCAGAACAGCCUCUCCCUCCGCGGACGUCGCGUGAUAAACGCGAGUCUAGAAGCAGUCUCCUCGACACGAUCGUUCCCGAAGAAGGCGCCAGAGAGUACUCGACAUUGGGUUCGACCAUGUCAGGAAGAACAUCCGGUCUCGGUCACGGAAGAACAAGAUCUGGGGAUGGAACGACCUCUCCGACGCCCCCUUCCACCAAAAGAUCGUCCAACCGGCUGCAUAAACGGCGACCAUCGGUUGAAUCACGCUCCUCUUUCCUCAGACCAAACUCACCACCCAUGUCCCAACGAAGCCCAACCCCUAUCAAGUUUACUGGAGACCCCUUCAACGCCCCAUUAGAGGAAGAGCCGGUGGGCCGCUCUCGAACGUCAUUGGACAAGGCUGGCCAAACCUCUCCAAAAUACGAGUUACGUGAGCUAGAUGCUCAAACAUCACCUCGACCUUCCAUCUCUGGACGUCCGUCGCUUGAUACGAUCCCUGCAGGUGAUCGUGCAGCGGGAGUAGGAUCUAUCACUCGGAAGAAGUCCCAUAUACGCUCACCUUCUUCUCCAACACGCAUGAUCCCCCAUUCUCCUAGCUUUAUCGGCCUCGGUCGACGAGUUGGCGCCGCCUCGGCAUCUGCUCUCUCCCUUCAACACCUUCAUGAAUACGACCCUCAAAAUGCCCCAUACCUAAACGCCCAUUCUCCGACAAUGGCAGAUGCUAGUGUAUACGACUUUGAUAUCUAUCGCUCACCAGACGAGGCGAUCCAAGUUCCCUCGUCUGCGACCAAUACCCACGUCCCAACAUCGCACCCUCCACCUGCAUCUGCAGCUCGUUUGAGCGCGGCUCUCAACGCUGCAGAUGUGUAUGGUUCUGGCUCGUCGAGAAAGCGAUUCUCUGCGAGCAUGUCUGAUUUACCCACGAUCCCCUCUUCGCCGGGGCCAGAUGCCCUAUUUCCAUUCCCGUCUGCCGGAAAUCGACUCUCGACGUCCAUGUCUACCACGCAGGUAAACUUGUAUGGACGAGAGCCAACGUCGAGCACCGCGACGGGCAAGUCGAAGCUCGGAUUGGAACCGACGACGAAUCUAUAUAUUCCUAAGGAAUCAUUGGAUCUCCCUAUAUCUUGA